AUGCGCAAGCGUCGACGCCUUCCCUCUGCUUGCUCCCUUGACGAGCCGUUUUCUACUAGUACCAAGUUGUCUCUCACCGUCGAUGCUUUCCGCACUCUCCUCGAGGUCCUCAAGGAGGCCGCAGAUGUGUGUCCGCCUCUCAAGUCGUCAGUCGGCUUGAUCCUCGCAAUCGGGGACGUAUUCGAGCGAGCGGGAGACUGCACAUCGCGCGCGGCUGCGCUGGCGCUUCACGCAGCGCGCGUCGUCAACACGAUGUACGAGUCAAUCGGGAUGGACCCUCCCCCCCUUCCGAAGUCCGUUCUGCUACAUCUGGUCCGCUUUGAAGAGGUCCUGACGCAAGUCCAGCAAGUAUUUGACUCAAUCGCACGCCAGGGAUCUCUGAAACGCAUAACCCAUGGGCGGCGAAACAAGACUCUCCUCGGACAACUCGAGCAGGAGCUCAUCGCGGCCGAGCGUGUGUUCAUGGUCGGACUCAUAACGUCCCAGGCUGUUCAAACAGCAACACCUCGCGCCCUGCGAGACUCGGAUAAGAGCGACCCCAGUCCACCCCUUCCCCACGCCCAAGAAAUCGCCCGCCUCCACACACAAGUGCACUAUCUCCAACUUUCUGUCGUUUUUUUGGAUUGA